AUGUCGCAGUCGAAUGCAUUUGCUGGACUAUGGACAUCGCUUCCGACGUCACUGACGCCAUGGAUCCUAGAUGUCGCAAAUUCAAUGGGUUAUACCCAAAUGACGCCCGUGCAGGCGUCCACGAUACCCCUCUUUAUGCAACACAAGGAUGUAGUCGUCGAGGCCGUCACCGGCUCCGGUAAAACGCUGGCUUUUGUGAUCCCAAUACUCGAGCGCUUGAUCAGGAGGGAAUCCAAGCUCAGGAGGAAUGAAAUUGGUGCCUUGGUCAUCAGUCCGACCAGGGAACUCGCCACUCAGAUACAUUCCGUCUUUUCGCUAUUUUUGUCUUCCCAACCGGAUUCACAACCGGCGAACCAUCAUAUACACCAGUCGGACAAUCAUUUCUCUCCUCCACUUCUCCUCGUUUCAUCAGACCAGUCCUCCCCAGCGCAGGACAUACAAAGGUUUCUAGACACGGGCGCUGAUAUAGUGAUAGGCACGCCAGGUCGGGCGGACGAAUUCCUUAUGGGUAAGGGUAAGAUGGUGGUCAGUGUAAAAGAAUUAGAGGUCCUGGUGCUUGAUGAAGCAGACAGGUUGCUUGACUUAGGUUUCAAGGAGGUACUUACGCGUAUCAUCACUCACCUUCCAAAGCAAAGGCGUACUGGGCUAUUCAGUGCGACAAUGACGGAUGCUGAUGCACUCUCCGAUCUCGUGCGCGUGGGAUUGCGAAAUCCGGCACGUAUCAUCGUCAAGGUGCAGUCAAAGAAGUCGAAGAAAAUGGGUGGGGGCAGUAAGGAAUCGAAGGGAGAGGUCAUCGAAGAAAGGCGAACUCCAGCAGGUCUUCAAAACUUCUAUAUCAGUUGCUUAACCUCGGAGAAGCUUAUACAGUUAGUGCGGGUCAUCCAGCACGACCUUGCGACGUACCAAUCAUCCCACUUCAUUGUCUACUUUGCAACUUGCGCAUGCGUGGAUUAUUUCUACCGAGUUCUUCCUGCCAUCCUGCCGCCCAAUGCGAACCUGUAUUCCAUUCAUGGUCACCUUUCACCCACAGCUAGAACGCGCGCUUUGUCGUCCUUCUCUUCCUCUGUAUCGACUCCAAACACCCCCUCGAUAUUACUUGCCACGGAUGUAGCCGCCCGCGGCCUUGAUCUUCCCAAUGUGGAUGUCGUGAUUCAAUUUGAUCCACCAUCCGACCCCAAGGCAUUCUCUCAUCGAUGCGGCCGGACUGCGCGCGCGGGGAAGAGCGGACGUGCUUACGUAUUUCUUACAAGUAAAGAAACGGAGUAUAUCGAUUUCUUGGCGGUGCGCAAGAUCCCGGUUGUCCGACACCCGUACAUCGGAGUCGGCGGAGGGCUUGCGAGCGACGAGAUGCAUAAGCCGUCCGAAGAAGAUCCCGUUGUUCCAGAGUACCUCUCUAAAAUCCGACAGGUCGUCCUCACAGACCGUGCGCUGAAUGACAAGGCGAUGAAAGCUUUCGUCUCCUUCGUGCGCGCUUACUCAAAACAUGAAGCGUCUUACAUAUUCCGACUCAAAGCUCUCGAUUUGGUUGGUGUCACCAAAGCAUUUGGUCUCCUCCGACUACCGCGCAUGCCUGAACUGAAGGGUGUCAACAUGGAGGGAUGGGAGGAUGCACAAGUCGACUGGGACGCCUACGCCUAUGCUGACAAGGCCCAAGAAGCGAAACGCCUCCAAACAGUAUCCAAGAAAGACCACGCCAACGAGAAAGAACGAGAAGCCGCCGAGGCUCGUGCGGUUAAACGAAAGCGCAACACGGCCUGGAGCCAACAAGCGGAGGUGAAAGAGAAGAAGGAGAAGAGGAGGCUCAAGAAGGACAGAAAGCGGCAGUGGCUGAAAGCGCAGGCUGCCGGAACGAGCACUGCUCAAACAGGAGAGAACGGUCAUGAAGCUGAAAGCGAUGUGGACCAGGAUGAUUGGGAUGAGAUUAUGAAAGAGGAGAGGAUGGCAAAGAAAGUAAGGAGGGGUGAGACCACGCAGGAAGAAUUUGACGAAACAUUUGGCGGACUAGCCUAG